AUGAAAGCGGCGCACUCCUCGCGCCGGGCGCCUAUCGCGCUCGCUGGGCUGCGCUGGUCUGCCGGUUACCAUAUUCAUGAAGCCAGCGCCGCCGUCUGCGAGGAACAAUGGUGCGUGGGUGGGGUCUAUAGGCGGCCUCCGGGAGGCGGGGUGCAGGCAAAGCACCACAGCUGGCAAAAGCGGCCGGUGCGCUGUUCCGGCGCCACCGGCCACGACAGCGAUAGCGAGGUUGUCGUCUCAGGCAUAGAGGUUACGCCUCCGCCGCCCCCCUCCCCGUCCACCCCUCCGCCGCCCCCUUCCCCGUCCACCCCUCCGCCGCCCCCUUCCCCGUCCACCCCUCCGCCGCCCCCUUCCCCGUCCACCCCUCUGCCGCCCCCUUCCCCGUCCACCCCUCUGCCGCCCCCUUCCCCGUCCACCCCUCUGCCGCCCCCUGCCCCGUCCACCCAUCCGCCGCCCCCUCCCCCGUCCACCCCUCCGCCGCCCCCUCCCCCGUCCACCCCUCCGCCGCCCCCUCCCCCGUCCACCCCUCCGCCGCCCCCUCCCCCCCCUCCGCCGCCCCCUCCCCCGUCCACCCCUCCGCCGCCCCCUCCCCCGUCCACCCCUCCGCCGCCCCCUCCCCCGUCAACCCCUCCGCCGCCCCCUCCCCCGUCCACCCCUCCGCCGCCCCCUCCCCCGUCCACCCCUCCGCCGCCCCCUCCCCCGUCCACCCCUCCGCCGCCCCCUCCCCCGUCCACCCCUCCGCCGCCCCCUCCCCCGUCCACCCCUCCGCCGCCCCCUCCCCCGUCCACCCCUCCGCCGCCCCCUCCCCCGUCCUCCCCUCCGCCGCCCCCUCCCCCGUCCACCCCUCCGCCGCCCCCUCCCCCGUCCGCCCCUCCGCCGCCCCCUCCCCCGUCCGCCCCUCCGCCGCCCCCUCCCCCGUCCGCCCCUCCGCCGCCCCCUCUCCCGUCCGCCCCUCCGCCGCCCCCUCCCCCGUCCGCCCCUCCGCCGCCCCCUCCCCCGUCCACCCCUCCGCCGCCCCCUCCCCCGUCCACCCCUCCGCCGCCCCCUUCCCCGUCCACCCCUCCGCCGCCCCCUUCCCCGUCCACCUCUCCGCCGCCCCCUUCCCCGUCCACCCCUCCGCCGCCCCCUUCCCCGUCCACCCCUCCGCCGCCCCCUUUCCCGUCCACCCCUCCGCCGCCCCCCCCCCCUCCGCCGCCCCCUUCCCCGUCCACCCCUCCGCCGCCCCCCUCCCCGUCCACCCCUCCGCCGCCCCCUUCCCCGUCCACCCCUCCGCCGCCCCCUUCCCCGUCCACCCCUCCGCCGCCCCCUUCCCCGUCCACCCCUCCGCCGCCCCCUUCCCCGUCCACCCCUCCGCCGCCCCCUUCCCCGUCCACCCCUCCGCCGCCCCCUUCCCCGUCCACCCCUCCGCCGCCCCCUGCCCCGUCCACCCCUCCGCCGCCCCCUGCCCCGUCCACCCCUCCGCCGCCCCCUGCCCCGUCCACCCCUCCGCCGCCCCCUGCCCCGUCCACCCCUCCGCCGCCCCCUCCCCCGUCCACCCCUCCGCCGCCCCCUCCCCCGUCCACCCCUCCGCCGCCCCCUCCCCCGUCCACCCCUCCGCCGCCCCCUCCCCCGUCCACCCCUCCGCCGCCCCCUUCCCCGUCCACCCCUCCGCUGCCCCCUCCCCCGUCCACCCCUCCGCCGCCCCCUCCCCCGUCCACCCCUCCGCCGCCCCCUUCCCCGUCCACCCCUCCGCCGCCCCCUUCCCCGUCCACCCCUCCGCCGCCCCCUCCCCCGUCCACCCCUCCGCCGCCCCCCCCACCCCCACCCCCAUUCCCUCCCCCCACAUCUCCCUCCCCCAUUCCCCUUUCCCCCAUUCCUCCUCCCACCAAAACGCAUUGUUUUACACCACUCUCUUGGGGGGUCCCUUCAUCACACAAAAAUAUGUCGAUGGAAAAAGAACAAAAGUUGGAGGAAACUGCAUUUUCAAGUUAG